AAACCAGUUGAGUAACUGGCGACAGGACUCUAUAAUCAAUGUGGUGUCAGCUGGAAGGACGCGGGGUCCGGAUCUCACCUAAACGCUGAUACGUCCUGGGAGUGAUGCACUGGCUUCCCCUGGUUGCCAUGGUGAUUGCCUCGGCCCUGCCAUUCCCUCACGACCCCGUGUACAGGAUUGCUGCCGCGACGACGGAGCCCGGCUUUGACAACCGCGGGGAGCAUGACCCGGCCGCUCGCCUCGCAGCUCCCGCCUCGGACUACAACUUCCACGGAAAUGCCUCACAGACGGACUACAACAUGGCCGCCGCCCUUAGCCGACAAAACCUCCAGAGCCGUAGGGAUUAUGUGAAAUCCUCCACAGAUGUAGAGACGUCCACGUUCAGAGUGGAGAAUCGGGGAAUCUACAAAGCAAAUAGCAACUCAGGCAGCGAUGACAAAAGCAGAACCAGUGUGGACGUUCCCACGGAAGGAGGGACACUCAGGACCGAGGAGGUUUCCCGGGACAAUUCUCUACCAAAGGACUACAAAGCUGACAGCAGCAGCAGGCGAGACUACUCCAAUUUUGUGGACUUUUCUAAGAAGGACAAUCAUCAGGACUCUACAGAAAGACUGGUUUCUACAGCGGGAACCCAGAGUCCCGUCAGUCCUGCUGCUAGUCUGAAGGAUCAAAGAGGACCAGGUCCGACUGCUCCCUCGGAGAAGCUGAGGGAUUCACCCACAACCGGGACAGGAAGCGCGUGGACAACGGGGGCUGGAAGAGGUCUGACCGUGGACAGCUUGAACCUGGAGGCGGGGCUUGGGACCGGCCUGGACGAGAUGUUUCUGGACGCACAUCCGCGGGUCCUGUUCUCGCCGUCCCCGUCGCCUCCAGAGCACCCGCCGCUCCUGCUCAUGUUGGAGACGGGCCUGCUGGAGGAGGACAGGGACGGAGAGGCGCAGGAGGACAUGCACAUCGAGGGUCACGGGGACCGGGCGAUCGACAGGACCCUGAGCUGGGCGGACUCUCCCAGCGCCGCCGAGGUCGCCCAUCCCGCCCAUCCCGCCAAAAGGGAUAAACGCUCACACUUGAACGACAGAAGGAGAGGGGAAAAGUCGGUGUGCGAGGCGGAGAGCGUCUGGGUCACCGACAAGAAGACGGCCAUCGACUCCCACGGUCAGAAGGUCACCAUCCUGCAGGAGAUCCAGACCCAGACGGGACCACUCAAACAGUACUUCUACGAGACUCGCUGUCGCGCGGCCGAGCAGUUUAGCGACACCGGCAGGUCGAAGGCCGGCACGGCGCCAAAAUCCGUCGGGACGGGCGUGGCCGGGCCGGCUGCUUGGGCGUGGACAAGAAACAGUGGGUGAGCGAGUGCAAAGCCAAGCAGUCGUACGUCCGAGCGCUCACCAAGGACGCCAACAACCGGACCGGGUGGAGGUGGAUCCGCAUCGACUCGUCCUGCGUGUGCGUGCUGCUGUCCAGAACCAAUCAGGCGUUGGGGAGGGAGGUCAUGACCAGGAAGGGGAGAGGC